GGCAGGCUGGUGGUGUGUCCGUCUCCGACCGAGAUCUCUCCUCUGGCUCUUGUUCCAACUUUGUUUUUCCACUUUAUUUGGCCUACAUGAAGCUGUUGUGUUUCUCCGCUUUUUAAAACCGCUUCAGUUUUACCCAGGCUGAAUUGACAACCAUGAGUGGUCCAACGACGACCAGUAAAGCCCGUAGCCACACACCCACCACCAACCAGGACCUAGCGGGGCUAUUUGAGUGCCCCGUGUGUUUUGACUAUGUGUUACCACCAAUACUUCAGUGUCAGAGCGGCCAUCUUGUCUGCUCAACUUGUAGACCAAAGCUUAACGGCUGCCCGACUUGUAGAGGGCCUCUUGGUAGUAUACGAAACCUAGCAAUGGAGAAAGUAGCUCAGACAGUGAUGUUCCCGUGUAAGUAUUCCUCCUCAGGAUGCAUGGCCACCAUGUCCUACACAGAUAAACCUGAACAUGAAGAGACCUGUGAGUUCCGACCUUACUCCUGUCCAUGUCCUGGUGCAUCUUGUAAGUGGCAAGGAGCACUGGAGCGUGUCAUGCCGCACCUUAACCACGCCCACAAGAGUAUCACUACACUACAGGGUGAAGAUAUAGUAUUCCUAGCAACUGAUAUAAACCUUCCAGGCGCUGUCGACUGGGUGAUGAUGCAAAGCUGCUUCGGUAACCAUUUCAUGUUGGUCUUAGAGAAGCAAGAGAAGUUUGACGGCCUUCAACAAUUCUUUGCUAUCGUUCAACUCAUUGGAACUCGUAAACAGGCUGAAAGCUUUGCAUACAGACUUGAACUGAAUGGGCACAGAAGAAGACUGUCUUGGGAGGCCACACCCCGCUCCAUCCAUGAAGGCGUGGCAGCAGCCAUUAUGAACAGUGACUGUCUAGUCUUUGACUCAAGCAUUGCCCAACUCUUUGCUGAAAAUGGCAACCUUGGCAUCAAUGUAACCAUCUCUAUGUGUUAAGUGAUGCUAACGAGAUAGACUCAUUAAAUGAGACGGAUUAUGGGAUGUAUUCUUCCUGGACCAUCCAAAGCUCAUGCGAAAGGCAGUUAAAUAAUAUGUCUCAUACUGCAUGCAUCUCUUGCAAAUGCAAAACUGGAGUCUACAACCUCAAAUCUCAUACUGGAUCAAUGCAUGUAAAGGAAAGUGUUUGGUCUCCAUAUUGGAAUAUUGUUGCUUCAGUGUUCUGCAUUCAACUCACUAAGCGGUGACAGAAACUUCUCAACAAGAACUAUGACGAUAUAGGUGAAUAUGGAAAUAGCUGUUGAAUUGAAAUGAGAAAUACUCGUGUGGAAUACCAUGAUGGAGUGCAAGCUAUUCAGACAUUUAUAGAGAUGUCUGGGGCGAUUGCAGCUACCUCUGCUUUCUCUGUUUGGAUUCAGACUGGGUGUAUCAACAGCCUGUGCUGUUUUGCAAAGCCAAAUAAGGUUGGCUGACGACAAGCAACCAACAACAAUGUGGUCUUUAUGAUAAUGAGGAACUGGCCAUGACCCAUACUUCUCCUGAAAACCACAGUGUGGUUUCAGUCACACAUGAAGGAAUGUUCACCUAGAGUGAACAUUGACUGUAACAACUAUGACAUGGGGUGUGAAUAAUUGUACAGAAACCCACCAAGACUAAUGACAAGGAGAUUGUCAAUGUGAAUACGGAAGCACCUUAUCAAAGAUUUGUGUACUUCUUCUUGGUAAAUAAAGUAAUUAAAGUGAAAAUAUAGUCUUCACAAAACUGCACUAUUUUUUUUUUUCUAUGAAUCCAAACAAAAGGAUUUUUUUUUAAUAUUAGGCCCUAAACAUGCAAUGUCCCAACCAACAUUGCAAUUGUGACAUCCAUGUAGUUCAGCUUAGAGUUAUUGUUCAGAUACACACGAUAUGGAAUGCGCUUUCAUGGCUGAUCUUAUCCGCACAAUUUGAUUACAAUUAUAUGUGAAAUUUCCAAGAAAAACCUCAGGUUCAGUUUGACAUAGGGAAGAUACAAAUUAGAUUCAGAUAGAGUUGUACAUGCAAGGUCAAAGGUCAAAGUUUAUAUACUGGCAUGUUCAAACAUGGGAACCAGUUUCACAAACGAAAUGAUACUCCCGAGUAUUGAGUAUGAGUAUGUGUAGGACUUGUGCAAGUCUAUUGACAGCUUUGGCUGUGGCUGUGGCUAGACUGCUGCUUCUUCCAGUACUUUUGCAUUGCAAGUAAAGCCAGUAGUCCUAACCAUUGCCUUAGGCCGUGUGCGAAUUAGUGGCUAUGGCUAUGGCUACAUUUCCGCUUCAACAUGCGUUGAGUGCCUUAGCUACAUCCUUGGCAACAGCUGUAGCCACAGCAGCCAAUUUGGAUAAAAUGUUGUUUUCUACAAUUGAGAUAGAUGCAGUAAUCUAGCCACACAGCUUGAGCCAAUGUUUACAAAAUGGUUGACCAAGAAUCUAUUUCUGUCACACGUUGAGCUGGUGAGCUAUGAUCGUCAUUCCAACACAAAGUGACAGAUCAAACCUGCAUGGUGCUACCCACCUUGAUACGUACAUAUGUAUACAGCUAGCUCACUAUUCAUACAUGGUGACAAGAGUGUUUGUGAUUAUUUGUACAGCGUGUUUGCAUAAUGUAAGGAUGUGACAUUUGACAUAUACUCUCACUUACACCAAGCUUGAGACUAUGCCUUUAAAAGACAAACCAAAGAAAACCUCGUCUUUUUACAAGAUGCUCAUACGUGUCUGUCAAAUUGUUUAUAUUAUACCAAGCCUGAUGCUGAAAGGGCAAGGGCACCUCUUUCAGGAAAGUUUGAACACUUCAAGGGUCACCAAGGCAAUGACCAGGGCAAGGGAGGCAAUGAUCAGGGGCACCACGCUUGGCAUUACCAGGGGCACCAUGCAUGGCAAUGACCAGGGGCACCAAGGCAGUGACCAGGGCAACAGACGCAGUUGCCUCCGUGAAGUAUCCGGCCUGGUAUUAUGCAACUCUUCUACAAAUAAAAACUCUUCACAAUAUAGUUAUGAUAUAGGUUAGGGACAGGGUCAGAUCCUUGUGAAUAUAGCAUUAUUCAACACACAUUGUUUUCAAUAUCAUUGCAAGCUUUUUAUACAAAGCAGCUGUGGUCUACAACACGCCAGCAUUGGCAAGUUAUUUUUUACUGAAAAUGUCAGAUGUAUACAAUUUGAAUGAAUGGACAUUUUUGUUUUGAAUGGAGUACAAAGUUGACCACUCUGUACUCUUUUGUAGCAUGCUGCCAUUUAUAUUUGGCCUGUGAACUGUGUCCCAGUUUCUCUCUUGUUAUAGAGAGGGAGGUAGGGCACCAGACAUUACCAUUUACAAGAUGAAUAUUUACUUAUUAAUUAUGCAAGAAGAAAUGUCACUCAAGUUGUAUGACCUUUGAACCUCAUUUAUGUAACAGCCAAUUCAUUUCCAAGUUUGCGUUGAAUCUGUGAAGUUGAAUUCUUCCGCAGUGGUUUUUAUGUUGUUUGGAACCAGUUUAGUGCACAGUUCAAAAUGUGGUAAAUAAUUAUGUCCACAUGUCCUUUGUUUGUAAAUGAACCUUGAAAUUAUGAGAAUAAUUAGUGUUAAAAACAUGUGAUGUUGAAAUGUAUUCAAGGUAUAAUAAAAGCUGUAUAGCUUAGACUGUGGGUCUCUUGUUAAAUUUGUUAACCUCUAAAAUAAUCUAAAAUCUAAAACAAUCUAAAAUAAAUUUGAAAACCAUGAAACUGUUUGCUUCAUAACCAAGAAGGAAACACUCCCACAAAAUAAUAAAUGAUUUAUUUUGGUCAUCAUAACAUAUUCUAGUAUUGUCUGUAAGCAAUUAUUGUGUAAUAAACAAUGUCUGAAAUUGUUUUUCUAAAUAUAUAAAACCCUGUUACCAGAACACAGUGUUAUCAUCAAAACAUUCAUAUUCAUGAAGUGUAUAAACUGUGAAUGUGUUACAGUCAUUACAUUCUUAUUUUCUUCCAAUUAAUUGCAAUUUAUUUUUUAAUCCGUCAUGAAAACCUAGAUUGUUUUCAGUCAAAACCUAUUUCUGUUUAUGCGUGGGGUAGCAGCAGACGGGCAUUCAAGUUGUUGGGUUUGAUUCACCAGAAUGAGACAAACAGAAAUGCUAGAAAUGACUACACUAUUAUUGCAUAAAAAAUCCGAAGUGGUUCAAGUGGUACACACCACUGCUAUUAUGGGUACAAAUUCAAAUCAUUAAAUGUGUUUUCUUUCAUGUUGGAUGGUGAAUGAUGAAGUUAAUAGACUGUUCAAGAUUCAGAUAAACUCAAAUCUUUGGUAUUUUGGAUUUCUUCACUUGCUAAUACAAAGUACAAGUUUUGGAUGUGUGUAAAUACACACCGGACUUGUGCAGUCUGUAGACCUCCGCUUAAAGGCCGUAAAUUUUACUCAAAAUACCCGACUGUCAUAUUAUUUAAACCAGCGUCAUUGACACGACACGCCAAACUGCACUAGAAGUUAAGUCAGUAUACAGGAAUAAACAUUAAAUUUGGACAUAAUACGCGCAUAUAUUAGUGAAAUUUGACACUCUUGUCUGAGAUCCAGGAACAAACUCUUCUAUUUUUAGCUAUAUCUCAGUGCGUAGUGCAACUACUACAGUGUGAUAUUGUAUGUUUAGCAGUCAUCAGUUGUAUGUGUCAUUUCAAGGCCAUCUAUUGAAGGGUUUAUGCUUAAUGUUUGUUCGUUUUCAUUUCAACCACUUCUGUAAUUUCAUUCCUUUGCUUUUUGCAAUCAAUAGGAACUGGUUCCUGCCUGGGGUUUGCUUGUUGAUGAAACUAAACUUGGAUCAAUUAUUCAAUAGUUUUAUUAAGUAUCAUUGUUUUCGAUAAGCCAAGCAUGUAACAUUGUUCUGGUUUUUCUGUUUUUUUUACACUUAAUAUGUAAACAUAGUCACUCACACAAAUGUUCCCAUACAUGUCCGUGUGCACUACACAGUUUAUUUCAUGUCUGAAGAAAUUCCAUUUUUGAAAUGACUUGCUCACGAUCGAAUCAUUCGUAUGGAGGAAAAAUGUUUGCACCUAUUUAUUUCAAUUUUCCCAUGGAAUGUAAUGGUUCCUUAGUGAAUUAUAAAUGUAAAUUGUAUCAUAGAAAUGCUUGAGUUAGAGCAAAAUUAUAUUUUGCCUGUUUUGACAAAAAAUAAAAAACAGUAAAUUCA